AUGUCGACCACAACUGGAUCAAAGCCAGUCCACGACUGGAGUGCGGCACAGUACCUCAAAUUCGAAGAUGAGCGAACACAACCAGCACGCGAUCUCCUUGCCCGUGUCCCUCUGCAAGUUCCUAAGAGAGUAGUCGAUCUUGGCUGUGGACCGGGAAACUCAACUGCGGUCCUAGAGUCCCGCUACCCCAACGCACAUCUCGUGGGAAUGGACUCAUCCCCAGAUAUGAUCCGCAAAGCCAAGACAGCCCUUCCACACCGCGAGUUCUCCGUCGAAGACUUACACUCGUACUCGCCGGAAGGAUCUGUCGAUUUAUUUUUCUCCAACGCCGUUUUCCAGUGGCUGGGGAAAGACGAGCGAUUCAGUAUUGUCAAGAAGUUGAUGGAGGGUCAACCUUCUGGUGGAGUAUUUGCUCUCCAGGUCCCGGAUAAUCUCAAGGAGCCAUCUCACGUUCUCAUGCGAGAGACUGCUGAAAAUGGUCCUUGGGCUGCGACUCUCAAGGAUGUCGGCCGUGAUACGUUCCAGACACCCCAGGAGAUCUAUGACCUACUUAAACCGGUCUGUUCGAAAGUGGAUAUCUUCCACACUACUUAUUACCAUAAUCUUGAGAAUCAUGCAGCUAUCAUUGAAUGGGUGAAAGGAACUGGACUGAGACCAUAUGUGGAUCCUUUGUCUCCGGACGAGAAAGAGAGUUUCCUGAGCGAGUACCUGAAGCGCUUGGAGAAAGCCUAUCCGUCAACAUAUGAUGGCAGGGUAUUGCUUCCUUACCCCCGAUUAUUUGUUGUUGCAGUCAAGAAGUGA